AUGAGUGACGAUAUUAAGAACGAAAAACCCUUCAAUGGCGAUCCAAACUCUCCAAGAAACCAAGAUUCUACGGACCCCAAUGACGAUAUCCCACCAACUUCUCUCACAAGGGGCUGGAGGUUCUGGGCAGUGUUCUCUGCUAUUUGCUUCACCACGAUGUUAGCAGCCAUCGAAUCGACCGUGACCUCCACAGCUCUGCCGUUUAUCGUACACGAACUUGACGCCGGCGACUUAUACGUUUGGUUUGUGAAUGCGUAUUUUCUGACAAGCACGGCUUUUCUUCCGCUUCUCGGACAGAUGUGCGAUUUAUUCGGUCGUCGAUGGAUGAUGAUACUUGUUGUUAGCCUCUUCGCCCUUGGUAGCGGUAUUGCCGGUGGAGCGACUACUGCAGCUAUGAUGAUUGCUGGGCGUGCAGUACAAGGCAUUGGAGGAGGCGGUAUCAAUCUUCUCAUCGAAUUGAUCGUAUCCGACCUUAUUCCUCUACGUCAACGCGGUGCGUACAUGGGUAUCGUAUUCGGAGUCUUCUCUUUGGGGACAGCUGUUGGUCCUCUAGUCGGUGGCGCAAUUGUAGAUGGUACUAUGUGGCGAUGGGUGUUCUAUAUCAAUCUUCCGGUCGCCGGUACAGCCUUGAUACUACAUCUUCUUUUUCUCCGAGUCAACUACGAUAGAGAGACCUCAAUAGUUGAAAGAUUGAAGAAAGUCGACUAUGCUGGCAACGCCAUUCUUGUCGGUAGCGUCGUGUCGGUCCUCAUCGCUCUAUCUUGGGGAGGUACACGGCAUCAAUGGUCCUCAUACCAAAUUCUCGUACCCCUUUUCCUAGGAAUAUUCGGAUUGGUGCUUUUCCACAUCUAUGAGGGGAUGUCAUGGGUCAAAGAUUACCCAACGCUUCCGGAACGAGUCUUUAAGCGCCGUACACCCGCGGCAGCUUUAUUGAUUGCCUUCAUCAAUUUCAUAGCUCUCUUCUGGAUAAUUUACUUCCUGCCCAUCUAUUUCCAAGCCGUUCUUGGCAUGUCGCCCACGAUAUCAGGUGUCGCGCUGCUGCCCACCUGUCUCCUCUCCGUUGUCAUGGGCGCCAUUUCAGGCAUCAUCUUAACGAAAACUGGGCGCUAUCGACCAUUACACUUCAUCGCAUUCGCGCUUAUCACCCUCGGUCUUGGGUUAUUCUCUCGCUUCGACCAACAUACUUCUACUGCGGAGUGGGUCAUUGUUCAAAUCAUCCCAGCUUUUGGCUUAGGAAUUAUGAUGUCCACCAACCUCCCAGCCGUACAAGCGGAUCUUCCUGAAUCCGACACGGCAUCUGCUACCGCGGCCUUUGCUUUCAUGCGUGCGUACGGUUCGAUUUGGGGUGUCUCGAUCCCGGCUGCCAUCUUCAACGCCAAGUUCGCGUCUGAGUCCUGGCGUAUUGACGACCCGCAGAUAGAAAAGCAACUCUCGGGCGGGAAUGCGUAUUCGUACGCCAAUGCCGAAUUUGUUCGAAGUUUCCCGGAACCGCAGCGGGAUCGCGUCAUCGAUGUGUACGCGCGCAGUCUGCAGUUGACGUGGCAGAUCUCCCUUGGAUUCGCAUUGUUGGGUCUCCUUCUCUGCUUUCUCGAGAAAGAAAUCGUGUUACGGACAAAUCUGGAAACAGAAUUCGGUCUAGAGGAAAAGAAGGCCGGCAGCUCGGAGGAUAACUGAUAGCACACUUGUAGU